GGCCCUCAUAUAUUUCCUCCCAUCCACAAAUUCCGUAGCCUGCUUUUGCUUCCAUGGUAACGCUAGACGCAGUUUGCCUUAUCAAAUAGGAGCCUCUUUGGGAUCAUUGCGUUUUAUAUUUGAACCGGAAUACAAUGUGAAAAUGAUUAAUAAUUGAGGACCUUGUGUGUUUGCGACGUGAAAUUGUCGAGUAAAGAGAGAUGCGAGCAGGCAGUACAAUUGAUCAUGGCUGGGGUCUCGAUGUGGCGACCAGUCAACAAGGGCGAGGCAACUAGCCUUCGGUGUCGUUGGCAAACCAAAGAUUUCUUCGUCCUUUUCUUGGCGUUUCAGGCAUGCUGUGUACAAAAUGCACGAUGUGCGCUCCAAGCUCUGUCGAUUAUCGGCAAGCCUGCAACCCAAAGCGGGGGUUACUAUGCGGCUGGAAAUGCCGUUGACGGCAGCAUAAGUACAUUUUCACACGGAAAUGAAGGUGACACUCAUCCCUGGUGGCGAGUGGACCUUGGAGCUGAACACUGCUUGGGUGAAAUCACAGUCAGAACUCGACUUGGAUGCUGUGGGGAAUACCGAUUCGCGGCAGCAGUGGCGCGAGCGGGCCUGGGCUCAAACUACAACGACAACCAACCGUGCGGUUCACCCGCCGCUCGAGCCCAAUGCACCGACGGGGCCACGAUUGUAUUCCCGUGUGAAACUCCACGGAUGGCAAGAUACGUUACCUUAGACAUAGACCCGUCCCACCACGAUGUGACUAAGGCUCUACUCCAGCUGGCUGAAGUGACUGUGAAAGAGUACACCAACGGAGAAUGUGGAGCGGUUGACGACACUACGACAACUGCACUCUCAGCGGUAAGGCCCACUGGUAAGCCCUGCGAAGUACGGACUGCCGCAUUUCAGAUGCUGCGUGACAGAAGCUGGAUUGCAAACUCCCAUCUCCUGUCGAAAAAGGUAGUAAGGUCGCUGAUGAGGUGUGCCGGCUACUGCGCCAGAGAUGCCCAUUGUAACUGCUUCGACUUCGCGCCAGGAAACGGUCAGUGUCGCCUCCACAACCUUAACUCGACCUACAUCGAGAUGAUGCCCAACGAGGAAUUCGCAGUAUACACAGUAGUCGAUAAAUUUUGA